AGACGGGCCGCAACUGACAUGCGCCGUAAAACGUCAUCGCGCUACGUUCAUCACCUACGUCACGUGACAUAGACAACACAGCCGAAUAUGUCAAGCUGAGAGACUUCUUUUCUCUGACAGGUCUGCAGUGACAGGAGACUCAGAGGGAAUGGAUGGAUUUCCUGUUAAGAUGUCAGAGGCAGUUUGUCUUGGGGCAAGCCUUACCCUCUCAGGCAUCUGCUACUAUCUCUAUAGGAAGAACCGAACAACAGCAAAUAAACUUGACGAUGCUCCACACUUCACCAUAGAUGGAAAACUCAAAGACAUUUUGAAAGUUACUCCAGGAGCAUGUCUACAGUAUGCUGUCAUCGAAGGUGCUGUGCAACCAGUAGCCGAGCCUCUGACGAGCCCCUUCCAAAAAGAAUUUGUCGGAGUGUUGCAGAAAUUCAUGCUGAGAGAGCACAGGCUGGUGUGGAACGGCCUUUCACGCACAUGGACGGACAGUGAACGGGUGUUGCACCAAAGAGUGAAUGCAGUGCCUUUUGUAUUAGUGGGAUCAAAUGAUACCGCAGUCAGAGUCCUGUGCCCUCUGCAGGCCUCCGGAGUGCACAUGGAGACCACCCACGAGAAGUUCCACCAGGUCAAUUACGGCCUGGGUGACAUCAUAGGACAAUACCUCAGUGGGGAGAAGCUUAAAGGGCAACUGGAGACCGAGGAAAUGCUGAAAGUGGGCACAACUCUAACCGGCGUGGGCGAGUUGAUACUGGACACGGACGGCAUCCUGAUUCUCCGCCCCCCUUCUAAUGGCUCAAAGUACUUUUUGAGCAUUACGGACUUUGACACCCUGCUGGGUGAGCAGGAGAGCACAGCUGUUUGGUGGAAGGUGCUGGCCAUUACCUCUGCUUUGGUAGGGGCGGCGGUCAUCCUUUUGGUGGGCCGACGCUUCUACCAGCAACUAAAGGUUCGCUGGGAGAGGGAGAAGGAGAGGAGGGAAUUUGAGAGACUGCAGGCUGAAAACCCAAGAGCACGUGCUCUAGUAACGGGCCCUGAGGCCCUUCAAGAUGGGGAAGAGGAACUCCUAGAGAACGCUUGUGUGAUUUGCCUUACUCAGCCACGUAACUGCAUUCUGUUGGACUGCGGGCAUGUGUGCUGCUGCCACAGCUGCUACCAGGCUCUUCCCCAGCGCCGAUGCCCUAUAUGUAGACAGAGCAUCAGCAGAGUGGUGCCUAUCUAUCACGUCUGAGGCAACUGUGUGAUCACAUGACCUCAGUGGAGCUUCACCACCACACACACUGUACCAGCUUUACAACUCAAAGGUCUAAAGUGCUGCACUUAUACCUAAUAAAGGGCAAAGGUUACUCUUUGAAAAUCAUAUUACUGUAAAAUAAAAAACCUCAAGAUCAUACUGUCACAAAAGUGAAUUAUAAGGACUUCAGUGAGGUAUUUUAUCUGUAAUUGUAUGUUAGAAAUACAGGUAGAAAUUAAGUAAUUGGGGGGGAAACGGGGUGUAAAUGUAUGCAACAGAGAUGUUUAUUUUCCUACAUGUUCGUUCUGUGCCUUAUUCUGGGAAUUUAUAUGGCUGCUGCUGUCUAAACAGUGAUUGAACUGUAUGUAUCUGAAUAACUUAAAUCUGGUCAGAAGGACAUAAGCUUUUGUUUCAACCACAUAUUUGAGUCACAUAAAGGUUUUGAAGCAAAAUAAGUGCUAAAACAAAGCUGUAGUGUUAAUUUAGUUAAUGAUAAAGUGUUUGCUUGUAAAACACAUUCAAUAAAGAAUCACUCUUUGAGCAAGUGUA